AUGGCACAGGAUUCGGGAUACAAGAUCAUCGACUUUCAAGAACAUAAUUUUUGGGAUAUGAGCAACUUGAUUGGGUCACAGCUACGAAAAGCAAUGAUGGUUUUGAUCUAUAUCGACGACAUACUACAAGGAGCAUAUAACUCGAAAAUUAAAGUAUCGAAAGCUGUCAUUUGGAUGCAGAACCCUACUCAACUAAUCCCAUACAAAGCGGGAAAGGAGCUUGUAUUCAUAUAUAGACCGCUUGAAGAAGCGCUUCGUCUACAUAAUGGCUUCUUCAAAGUGGUAGAAGGAUCACAUUAUAUGAGGCCAGAAGAGUUCCUUAAGCCAGAAGCAAUAGAGAUUCAUGUCAAGUCUGGUCAAGUGUUGCUUCUGGAUGGGGAAACAGUUAUAGAAUACCUUAUGGCAGGAGGAAGUGGGAUUGGAUUGAUGAGAUGUCUUUCCAAGUCUAAACAUUGA